UUCAGUUUCGUUUCGAAGUUGCCAGCCACGGUCACGUAAAGUGUUUCCAAAAAAUUUUAAAUUGUUUACUUGAUUGAACUAAAGUUCCAGAAAUCACCAAAAACAAAAUGUGUGACGACGAAGUAACCGCAUUGGUUGUUGACAAUGGUUCCGGUAUGUGCAAAGCCGGUUUCGCCGGUGAUGAUGCUCCACGAGCCGUAUUUCCAUCAAUUGUUGGUCGACCAAGACAUCAAGGUGUCAUGGUUGGUAUGGGCAACAAAGAUUCAUACGUUGGUGAUGAAGCCCAAUCAAAAAGAGGUAUCCUUACCUUGAAAUAUCCAAUUGAACACGGUAUCGUAACCAACUGGGAUGAUAUGGAAAAGAUCUGGCAUCAUACCUUCUACAAUGAAUUGCGUAUUGCCCCAGAAGAAAGCCCAGUCUUGUUGACUGAAGCUCCAUUGAAUCCAAAAGCCAACAGAGAAAAGAUGACCCAAAUCAUGUUCGAGACAUUCAACAGCCCAGCCGUCUACAUCGCCAUCCAAGCUGUCUUGUCCUUGUACGCUUCAGGUCGUACCACCGGUAUCGUCUUGGAUUCCGGUGAUGGUGUCACCCACACCGUCCCAAUCUAUGAAGGUUAUGCUCUCCCACACGCUAUCCUUCGUUUGGAUAUGGCUGGUCGAGACUUGACUGAUUACUUGAUGAAAAUCUUGACUGAACGUGGUUAUUCAUUCGUCACCACAGCUGAACGAGAAAUUGUCCGUGACAUCAAGGAAAAACUCUGCUACGUCGCCUUGGACUUCGAUAACGAAAUGGCCACUGCCGCCACAUCCUCGGCUUUGGAAAAAUCAUACGAAUUGCCUGAUGGUCAAGUCAUCUCCAUCGGUUCGGAACGUUUCCGUGCUCCAGAAGCUCUCUUCCAACCAUCGUUCUUGGGUAUGGAAGCUGUCGGUAUCCAUGAAACCUCGUACAACUCAAUCAUGAAGUGCGACAUUGAUAUCCGUAAAGAUUUGUUCGCCAACACAGUCUUGUCCGGUGGUACAACCAUGUACCCAGGUAUUGCUGAUCGUAUGCAAAAGGAAAUCACUGUUGGCCCCAGCCACCAUCAAAAUCAAGAUCAUCGUCCACCAGAACGAAAAUACUCAGUCUGGAUCGGUGGUUCCAUCUUGGCCUCAUUGUCCACCUUCCAACAGAUGUGGAUCUCCAAACAGGAAUACGAUGAAGCCGGCCCAGCCAUUGUCCACAGAAAAUGUUUCUAAACAUUAUACACUAUUCACCAUCAGCCAUUCGAACAUACA